AUCGGCUGGGCUCUGUACUUGAUAUAGCAAACUUUAACUUGAUAUGCCAGCAAGAGAUCAUAAUUAUUGCUGCAGUGACCACAUCGGUCAUUAUUUCUGCCAUAAUUUUGACCGCAUCUUGUAUAUGGAUUCGCCACAAAACUGCAGUGAAAGUGUUUCUCUAUACUCGCUUCAACUGGCAUCCAUUUGAUCGCUAUGAUGAAGAUGACCUUUGCAAAAAGUAUGAUGCCUUUGUGUGCUACUCUAGUAGAAACCCAGACACCAUAAAAUGGAUGAGGGAGACUCUGUUAUAUCGUUUGGAGAAUAGUGACCCGCCAUACAUAACUUAUGUACAUCACAGAGAUUUCCCAGUAGGUAACAUGAUCGCAGAUACAAUAGCAGAGACUAUUGAAAACAGCCGUCGUAUCAUUAUCCUACUCAAUAAUGACUUUGCUAAAAGUCCAUGGGGGAGAUUAGAAUUUCAACUCGCUCAUAAGAAGGUUCUGGAAGAUCGACGUAAUCGCCUUAUUGUCAUCAAGAUGGAGGAAAUCGAGGAUGCAGAACUAGAUGAAACUAUCAGACAUUUUAUAAAGACAAGAACAUAUUUGGAUGUUAAUGAUAAGAAAUUCUGGGACAAACUUUUCUAUGCUUUGCCUGAAAAACGAGCAAACAAAGAUAUGAAGGAAGACCAAAAUAAUGAUAAUGUUGAACAUGCGAAUGUUGACAAAGAACUAGAGCAUGGUGUCAUUCAAAAUAUUCCAAAUCCUGGAAACUUCAAUAUUGUUGGCAAUCAAUUUCAUGAUAUCCAAUAUGAUCAACUGCCAGCUGAUUUCAAAAGAAUGCAAAACCAUAUACCAAAUAGAAAUCCUGUUGUUCCAUUUAAUCAUGAAGUAUUUUUUACUAGAGACAUGGUGAAAUUGAAGAUAAAUGAGAAAUGGCUAGAAAAAUUACCUGGAAAUGGUUAUAAAAUACCAAGACCAAUUUUUCAGUAGUAGAAACACUGAGAUUAAAGUCAUAUUUACAAAACAAAAUUUACAAAUCAAUAAAGUACAACAUUUAAGAGAUUCUCCUUUCAUAUUAUAGUACUGUUAUUGACUCAACAAUAUUGGGAUUUUCAAAAAAUCAUUUACAUUUUUAUAACACGAA